CCUCUUGGCUCCACCCUUUGCAGGGAUUACAAAUAGGAGCCUGUGCCUCUUAACUGACUGUGGGCUGAAGGUGAGCUGCAGAGCGCUACUGAGGACCUGAAGAAAAACUUGCUGCCAGAGAAGGACAUUUUGAAGGAUUUGUUGGCUGGGAGAGGUAUCUCUGGAAUCCCCUUCCCAGAUCUUUCUUGAAGAUUCGAAAAAUAUUAGGGCCAUGGGGACACAGAAGGUCACCGCACCUCUGGUCUUUGCCAUCACCAUUGCUGUAAUAGGCUCUUUCCAGUUUGGCUACAACACUGGAGUCAUCAAUGCCCCUGAGGCGCUCAUAACGGACUUUAUCAACUACACUUUGGAAGAGACCUUAGAAAACCCUCCCACCGAAGUGUUGCUAACAUCCCUCUGGUCCUUGUCUGUGGCCAUCUUCUCCGUUGGUGGCAUGAUUGGAUCCUUUUCCGUUGGACUCUUUGUCAACCGCUUUGGCAGACGCAACUCAAUGCUUAUUGUCAAUCUACUGGCUAUCAUUGGUGGCUGCCUUAUGGGAUUCUGCAAAUUAGCUGAGUCAGUUACAAUGCUGAUCCUGGGCCGGUUGGUUAUUGGCAUCUUCUGCGGGCUCUGCACAGGUUUUGUGCCCAUGUACAUUGGAGAGAUCUCUCCUACUGCCUUGCGGGGAGCCUUUGGCACUCUCAACCAGCUGGGCAUCGUGAUCGGGAUUCUGGUGGCCCAGAUCUUUGGUCUGAAAGUCAUCUUGGGGACUGAAGAACUUUGGCCUGUGCUAUUGGGCUUCACCAUCCUUCCAGCUCUCCUACAAAGCAUAGCCCUUCCAUUUUGCCCAGAAAGUCCUAGAUUCUUGCUCAUUAACAAAAAAGAAGAGGACAAUGCUAGGAAGACCCUCCAGCAUUUGUGGGGCACCCAGGAUGUGACUGAGGACAUCCAGGAGAUGAAAGAUGAGAGUGCUAGGAUGGCCCAAGAAAAGCAAGCCACUGUGCUGGAGCUCUUUAGAUCACGGAGCUACCAGCAGCCCAUCAUGAUUUCCAUCAUGCUUCAGCUCUCUCAGCAGCUCUCUGGAAUCAACGCUGUGUUCUAUUACUCAACAGGAAUCUUCCAAGAUGCGGGCGUUAAGGAGCCAAUCUAUCCCACCAUUGGUGCGGGUGUGGUUAAUACCAUCUUUACUGUAGUGUCUCUGUUUCUGGUGGAAAGGGCUGGAAGGAGGACUCUACAUAUGAUUGGCCUUGGAGGGAUGGCAUUUUGUUCCAUCCUCAUGACUAUUUCCUUGUUAUUAAAGGAUGAGUAUAGCUGGAUGACCUAUGUUUGCAUUGGGGCUAUCAUGGUGUUUGUGGCCUUCUUUGAAAUUGGCCCAGGCCCCAUUCCCUGGUUUAUUGUGGCCGAACUCUUCAGCCAGGGACCCCGCCCAGCUGCAAUGGCAGUGGCUGGUUGUUCCAACUGGACCUCCAACUUUUUGGUUGGACUGCUCUUCCCUUCAGCUGCAUUCUAUUUAGGAGCCUACGUUUUCAUUGUCUUCACCGGCUUCCUCGUGAUCUUCUUGGUCUUCACCUUCUUUAAAGUCCCUGAGACCCGGGGCAGGACUUUUGAGGAUAUUACACGAGCCUUCGAAGGGAAGGCACAGGGGGCUGCUAGAGCUGAGAAAGGCCCUGCCGUGGAGAUGAACAGUAUCCAGCCUGACAAGGAGGCCACCACCAACGUCUAAGCCAUGCUUCUUCCCACCUCCCUCCCGACAUGAAAAAGCCACCUCUCCCUGAGCGGGAGAGACCUCAUCAGGUUGUAACCCAGGACUGUUCUGAAUGCUGCUGCUCGUUCGACUCCUUUCUCAGCCCACACUCCACGAGCACUCAGAGGCCCCCAGUGCUGGGCUUAGUUGUAUCUUCAGUGGCUUUUUAACAUUUCAUUUCUUGGACAUUCUCUUCCGAUUAGGAGAGACCAAGUGAACCUACCUUCAGUUCAGGAGGGAUUGGCUACUUGGCAUUUGACAAUUCUGCCCGCCCUUCCUCCCUUAAGUUCUAAUAUUGCGUCCUGAGGGCACGUAGGGGAGAGAGUUCCCCCCACCUCAGUCUCACCAGGGAGCAGAUAGAUAUACGUGAGAGUGUGGAGGGCAGAGAGGAUUACACACGAGCACCUUCCUUGCCCCCAUACCGCUCUGCAGAGCAAAUUAAUUUGAGUUUUAUUUAUUUUAUCUUCUGGUUUUAUUGCAUAAAUAUUUAUUUUUUUAAGUGUAAUUUUACCAAAUAAUGAAAACAUAAGGAAAUUGAGGUUAGAGGGAGGUACUGAAAGAGUUUAUAGGGUGGAAGAUUUGAUACUAGAGAGGUUUAUAGUUUAAUAAAGGAAGAUUUAGGCAGAAAUGUAGUGUGUUAUUGGAGGGUAUAUGAUGUGGUGUGUGAGGUUUGUAGGUUGCCUCUUAACAAUUUCUGUCUUUCAGAUGGAAAUUCUCAAGUUCAAUUUCUCAGAAAAGUCAUGUGCCUGUAUAAAGAAGCUACUGGUUUCCUUAGGAACUUUUUUCUUUAAGAUUACAUGUAGUAUUACUUGAAAUCUAGGAUUAUUACUAAGAUGGGCAUUGUAGUUAAUGGUGAUUGAUGGGUUCUGAUUUUGGAUGGAGUCCAGAGAAGGGAAGGUUGUUUGUAGAAAUUGAUUCUUUUUUCCUCCGCACUGGACCAAACAACUUCUUCCUCUUAUAGUGGACUCGUGGUUUUUUUGUGGUUUUCUUUUUUUUUUUAAGUGCUCCUACCACUGGUGGGAGAGCAACCUAAAAGAUUGGUUCUUGGUAAAGUUUUGUUUUUUCUCCAUUUUGUUCUUUAGGAUAUUUUAGAUGUUUAGAUUUUUUAAAUUUUGGUUUAAGCCAUAGCUUUAAAAGAAUUUAGAGGAGAGUGUGCAUAGCUAACUUGGAAUUUGUAACCUCAGUACUGGGAGAGGAUUUUUCCUGAAUGACUGUUACCUAGUUGAAGUAUGUUAUUGCUUUAGGGUCAGCCCAUGCCUGUUUUUGUCUGUUUCCAUGUCAAGUUACUCCUGUUAUCAUGUUACCAUAGUAUUAUGUCAAGUGCCCUAAGGGCACCUGACUCUUUCCCAUAGACCACUUUGAGAUAGUAUGAGUAAAUGUGCAGUGUAGCCCACACUUGAGAGUAUGAAUGUAUGUGCACUGUCACUUUGCUCUGGGUGGAAGUAGUUUAUUGGUAACUUGUUUCCUCUAUGAUCCUACGGUGCCGCCUUUUGGAUUGGAAUGUGUUAAAACUCAUCUCUGUAUAUAAGUAACACUGCCUCUGCUGGGUGGGAUUCGCAUCUGUGGCUUUCUUCCUAACCGUGUAGAGGACUCUGCCUCCCUCUAGGCUCAGACAGUGGGAGUAGGAGAGUGUGAAAUCAGGACAUGGGGCCUCCUAGGGGAGCUGGAGGGAAUUCAUGGGGGAGAGGGAGGCAUUCUUUUCAGGGGGAUAAGAAACACACCGAAGACUUGUAACUGGAAAGUUUCCAAGAGUUAGAUGAGAUGGAGGUAUUUACACUUGCCGUAAGUCACAGACACCUCCACCAUCUAGUUUCCCAGUAUUUGUAUAAAUGGAGAUAAAACCCCAGUGACACCCUCUCCCUUUUUCAUACGUUGCUUGACCUCCCUUCCCUCCUUGGUGCUUAUACAUUUGAGGCCCUUUAGCCAAAUCCUUGCCUAUGACAAUAUUUUAGUUCUCAGUUCUUACCAUUCCCUCUGGUUGUUGAGCCUAUGGAUAAAAACUCAGAGCUAUGACAUGGGGCUUUGCUGGGACAGGUGACUUUCUUCCAACUGCACCUCCACUUCUGGCUCCUCAAAAACUGUGGGUUGGCAGUAACAGUGUGGAAGUUUUCCCUUUUCUCAGUGACCAGAUUGUGAAUAUUUCCAAAUAGGUUUUAUAUUAUUAAUGUUUCUGUGGUUCUCUUUGUUUUGAAAUAAAAAUUCUGAAUGUACAUAUGA